AUGGCAAAUAGCCUCUUGUGGCGCCUGGUGUUCCGGAUCGACCUGGCUGUUGCAAAGCCGAAGGGCAAAGCGAAGGCUGGGAAUGGCAAGGGCAAGUUCAAAGUUUGCCGUGGGUGCCGUCGCAAGAUCCCAAUCAGCGAGCUGGCCCCAAACUUUUGGGGGGACUGGGCUUGUAAAAGAGCCCUUGACAACAUCUACAAGCUGGCAGGCCGGCAAGGUCCGAAGGCUGUUGAAUUUGUGAAGGAAUGCAGGGCUGAUGAUGACAAAUGUUUCAACAUGAUUCAGAGCUAUUUGGAGGCAUGCCCCGAGACGCUGGAGAGUGUGUGCGGCAAGCGCCGAGGCCAGUGGAGUGUGGUGAAGUACCAGGAGAGGGUGGUUGCUGCCGCAGGAUUGGUGCGAGACUGCAUUGGAGAGAUGCAGUGGAAGAAAUUGUGGCUUGAGUUUGCAGUUACCGCCAGAGGCGGCAAGUUGACAGAUGAGGCCGCUGCUGCCAAGUGGGCAGAAUGGGAGAGGCUCAAGGAGGCCAAGGACCCCUCCAUCGUCUUUGACCAUAAGGGACCUGAGGGAGCACUCAGGUUCUGGGUCCACACGUCCGAUCAAAUCAUCUUCCGGAAUGAAUACAAGCGCGAGAAGGAGAUCAUCGCGGAGGGUGAGCAAGUCAAAAAGGGCACUGACGAUGACAUCAAUCGCAUGCGCCCGGACCUGCUUCGCAACCACAGCACCGAGGACAUGGACUUCUCAGGUGUGGCCUCAGCAAUGGUGUCAAACGGCUUCGAGGCGUUUCAAGGUCAGGAUGGAUUCGUGCUCGACGUGCUGGACUUGAAGGUAGAUGGGGAGGGUGAGUCGCAAGCUGAGUCCAAGGGUGAUGGCCCAGGCCAGGCGAGCAGUGCUGAGCAGUCCACGCCUGUCAAGCAGAAGAUCUGGGUUGAGCGGGACAAGCAGGUCUCAGCAGCCCAUCGGAUGGCGACAGUGGCCUUGGACAACUUCGUGACAAAAUGCGAGCGGCAGCACAAGCGCCAGUCAGAUGAGUUCGAGGAGCUCAUGGGUGGCUUCAGCGAAGAAGAUCGCCCAAAGUUCCUGGGUGAAAUCAGGACUUAUGAGGUUCGCCUGGAGGCUCUUGGCUUGGUCCUGACCACCAACAAUGCUGGCGAGGAAAAGCUGAAGCAGUUCAUUGGGCGCUUUGCAAGUGCUCACCAUGGUGAGACAGAAGGUGCUGCAGUUGCAGCGCUUGAGCUUGGUCAAGGCCCUCCAUGCGAGUCCUACCUCCAGCUACGCCAGUUGAGGGCUUCCUUGGAGGCGUUGAUUGAGAAGUACCACACGUGCGCUCAGCCGAAGAUGUUGAAGGACUCAUUGUGUGUGUGCAAAGCCCAAAUCAGCCAGUGCUCCCCGGGUUGA